AUGCUUGCAGCAAAUGUGCUAAAUCUAAUAACAAAGACAAUUCAGCGCGAACUGCUGGUGAAUAAUGAGAAUCUGAGCGAAUAUGCGCAUCCCAGUGAUGAAGAUUCGGCAUCCGAGGGUUAUUGUAUAUCCUGGCACGAAAUACUGCAAUUAGCCCGCAGCUAUGGACUAUUGGAUGCCAGUGACAUAAGGCGUUACGAGAGAGGUGAAUAUGAAUUGGAUGAGUUGCUAACGCUUUACGACCGGCUGUUCGGAAAUGCGAGAAGCACACGCCGUUCGCGUUAUCACAAUCGCUCUUGGGGUGGUCAGUAUGUGCAAGGCACGCGUCGUCGUGGCUCGUUAUAUCGUCGUUUGCGCAGGACGCAAUCAUUCUGA